AUGGUGAAUCUGCGUCUUAGUCAGCAGCCCCAAGUACAGGAUUGCGGCACCCGCGCCUCGUGCGCUUGUCGUCGAAUGCCCACGUGUGACGUCGCUGAAGGUGCACUGCGUCAGCACCGCAUCGCCGGGUUGCCGGCUAUCCUCCUUGGCCCCGGAUUUUGUUUUUGUGUUUCUGUUAUCUUUUUCCUCGCCCGCGCUCCAUCCCGCUUCACCGCGCGAAGGGGAAGGAUCCGCUCGCCCGGACAGGCUGCGACAUCGCGAUCGUUGUGCGCGCUCGCUGCGCAGUAUACUUCGUAUUACCACGGCCAGCCAAAGACCCUUGCUUUCCUGUCGUAUCCUGAAUGGGUGGGACCUUUUUCUCAAUCAGAAACCAUGGCGUCCGACGAUGAGUCGAUCCGGCCUCUGCUGUGGUCCUUCUCCGGGUUCCGCGAGAACAGACGGCCGGCGCCGAUCAGGCGACAGCUGAGCCAGUCACGGACCAGCCUCCAAGAUGUGCUCGCAUCUCGGAAGAAACACUAUGCCGUUCUGGCCCUCGUAUCACUGGAUGUCGCCGCGCUCAUGGCCAACAUCUUUGUCGAGCUCGUCGCCUGCGAUAUGAAGCGGGAAGACGAGCCGUGGGUCAAGAACACGCGCGAAGGUCUCACCAUUGCGGGCCUCGUGUUUAGCUCUCUGUUCUUGAUCGAACUCGUAUUGUGCGUUAUUGCAUUUGGAUGGAGGUAUUUUGCAGAGUGGUUUCAUCUGCUCGAUGGCAUCGUUAUUGUGGCAAGCUUUGUUAUCGACGUGCUCUCGCACGGCAUCGUGGAAGAGAUUGCUUCCCUCGUCAUUGUGUUCCGCCUCUUCAGAUUUGUCAAAGUGGUCGAGGAGAUGAGCAUGGGGGCCGCGGAGAGGAUGGAGGGACUCGAGGAGCAGCUGGCAGCUCUAAGGAGAGAGAAUGGAGAGAUGAAGAGACAGUUGGCACGACGAUGA